AUGAAGAGAGAAUCAAUCAAUAGUAAUCGUGCCGAAGAGGAUGCAAGGUUGAUGCAUGAUUAUUUCAAUGAUGGUUGCACUUGGGGACCGAAAAAAUUUCAUGGCCGUUUAGGUAUGUAUCCACCCCUUUUCUUAAGAAUUAUGCAUAAAAUAUGUGAGGUUGACCCCGACUUUCGAAAAAGAAAAGAUGCUGCAAGAAUUCCAGGUCAUAGCCCACACAUGAAAAUGUAUGCCGUUAUGAAGUGUCUUUGUAAAGGUAUCCCACCUGAUAGCAUUGAUGAUUAUACUUGUAUCGCUGCUUCUACUAUUUACUAUUAUAUUAAGAAGUUUUGUGAUGCAAUUAUGUUUGGGUUUAAUGCGGAAUACAUGAGACGUCUCACUGUGAAUGAUAUCAAGUGGCUGAUGAAGAAGAACGCAUCUAGAGGUUUUCCAGAAAUGCUUGGUGGCCUGAACUGUAUGCAUUGGGGAUGGAGGGUGUGUCCGAUGGACGAGGUGGGAACACACACAGGCCACAAAAGUUAUCCCACCUGUUUUCUUGAGGAGGUUGCUUCAUACGAUAGGUGGUUUAGGCAUGGUUAUUUUGGAGUGGGUGGAUCAAGCAAUGAUCUUAAUGUUUUGAAGUCCUCCAAUUUGUUUGAUGACAAUCUCAAUGGUAUUGCACCACCUUGUCAUUUUACUAUCAAUUGGAACCAGUACACACAGGGGUAUUAUUUAGUGGAUGGAAUUUAUAAGAGUUACUAUGUGUUAGUCCAAGAUUACGGUGCACCCAGUGAGGAUAAACAUCGUGACCCGAAGUGGAAAUAUGUGCCAGACCCACCUCAUGCACCUAUAGUCAGAAACUUGAGGCAGACGAGCGAGGCAUUACAAAACCCAGUUUUUCAGGAGAGACUUCGUACGGAUCUUGCAGCUCAUAUAUGGGAACGACAUGGUCAAGGUCCAAGGGAUGGUGACAUGCCUGGAGAUGCGAUAGACAACGAGUUGGAUUCAGGAGAAGACACGGAAGAGGUUGAUGUUGGUCAAGACCAUUACGACCCAGGACAAAUUUUUUUGGCCUCCGAUUCAGAAUAA